AUGAGCGCGGAGGCGGCCCAGGCGGGGUCCCGCGCCGGCACAGCGGCCCCGGGGCCCGGCCCCGGCAUGCGGCCGCCCUCCGCCGCCCUCUCCCCGCGGACGGCGCCGGAUGGCGGCGGUCUGUUCGGUUGGCUGCGCGGGCGCUGCCUGGGCCGCAGCGCCGCCGUGGACCCGGCGCGGGACAGCUUCCGCGCCAUGACCGGGCUGUACGGCUCCAUCCAGCCCGCCGACUCCGUGUACCUCAGCACCCGCACGCACGGCGCCGUCUUCAACCUCGAGUACUCUCCGGACGGGUCUGUGCUCACUGUUGCUUGUGAACAGACUGAAGUGCUGCUUUUUGACCCAAUAUCUUCAAAGCACAUCAAAACUCUCUCUGAAGCUCAUGAAGAUUGUGUAAAUAAUAUCAGGUUUCUAGAUAAUCGGCUCUUUGCAACUUGUUCUGAUGACACUACAAUAGCACUUUGGGAUCUGAGGAAGCUGAACACAAAAGUGUGCACUUUACACGGUCACACCAGCUGGGUAAAGAACAUUGAGUAUGACACCAAUACAAGACUGCUGGUGACAUCAGGAUUUGAUGGAAAUGUGAUCAUCUGGGACACAAACAGGUGCACUGAAGAUGGGUGUCCCCACAAGAAGUUUUUUCACACCCGUUUUCUUAUGCGAAUGAGAUUGACACCAGACUGUUCCAAAAUGCUGAUCUCCACAUCCUCUGGCUAUCUUCUGAUUUUGCAUGACCUUGAUCUAAACAAAACUCUAGAGGUUGGCAGCUACCCCAUUUUAAGAGCUAGGAGAACUGCAUCAAGUUCAGAUAUAACAUCCUCAAGUCUGUCCAGUCCUCGAGCCGUUGGUUCCCCAUGUCACCAGAAUGAUUCCAGUCCACUGUCUGAGAAGCAGAUGUCACGGUCCUCACAGCGAGAAGGUGGAUCACCUAGAAAUAGUUUGGAGGUCUUAACACCAGAAGUUCCUGGUGAGAGAGACCGAGGCAACUGCAUUACAUCCCUACAGCUACAUCCGAAAGGGUGGGCUACCCUUCUUCGGUGCUCAAGUAAUACAGAUGACCAGGAGUGGACUUGUGUCUAUGAAUUCCAGGAAGGCGCCCCCGUGCGCCCCGUCUCGCCUCGCUGCUCCCUGCGCCUGACUCACUGCAUCGAAGAGGCCAACGUGGGCCGGGGUUACAUCAAAGAGCUCUGCUUCAGUCCCGACGGCCGGAUGAUCUCGUCCCCGCACGGCUUCGGGAUCCGCCUGUUGGGCUUCGACGCGCACUGCAGCGAGCUCGUUGACUGCUUGCCCAAAGAAGCCAGUCCCUUGAAAGAAAUCCGUUCCCUGUAUUCUCACAAUGAUGUGGUACUGACAACAAAGUUUUCUCCAACCCACUGUCAGAUUGCCUCGGGGUGCCUUAGCGGACGCGUUUCUUUGUAUCAGCCAAAGUUCUAGGCGCACUGUACGUCGGCGGGACCUUCACGUGUUUGUGUUCUAACUUCAGCUUAGUUGAAGUGUGCUCUCUUGAAAUCCCGUAAACCCGGACGAGAUCAUAGUUCGCGUGGUCUCAGUGAUAAUGGUGUGAGUUCCUGGUGCAGCACUGUAUGCAUUCUCAUACUGCAUCUGCAAGUCAGGCUCCAUGCGUUGUGUUUUCGGCCUUAUAGGCAGACCGUAGCUGCUUCUGACCCUGUGCCAUCAAGUCGUCGUUCUGUUUGGUUUUGUACUGUAGUACUUGCUGGUAAUUUUCUUCAGCAUGACUUGAAGUGGGCUGUCUGGAAGAAACAUAGGUGGGAUGCAGGUAGGAGCUCAGCCACCACUCACCCAGGCUUCCCUGGUGCAGCACCUCUCUGUUCCAGAGGACCUCUCCCUUGCUGAAGCUGCCAUACAGUGAUUGUUAGAUAUUGAGCAGGCUUUGUGUGUGCUAGAUUAGUUGGCACAAAAACACAGAAAGAAAUUGUUUUGCAUUAAUUUGUAUUUUUUUUUGUGGUUGGCUAGAAAGUUGGUCAGCUUUCUGUAAUGUUUUGCUGUACUAAAAAAAUCUUUGUAGACUGCUUUUCCUUGAAUUAUUAGUAGAAGGAAGAGGCUCCCAGGUAACAGCAGUACAAUUAGGUGACGGCCCCAAGAUGCAGCAGGGGAGGUUCGGGUUGGGUGUAAGGAAAAACAAGUUCUCCAGAAGAGUGGCCAGGUGUUGGAAUGGGCAGUGGCCCAGGGAGGUGUUGGGAUCACCAUCCCUGGGGCCUGCAGGAGCUGUGGCACUAAGGAACAAAGUCAGUGGGCACGGCAGGGCUGGGCUGGGCUUGGGAUCUUCGUGGUCUUUUCCAAACAUAAGGAUUGUAUGGUUCUACGGAUUGAGACACAGCUGCAUUUUUUUCCUCAGAUUGAGUCAGAAAUGCCUGGAGCAGAGCAACAGGAGCUGAAUAGGUAAACCUCUUCAGCUGCAUCCGCUGCACAUGAACCUUAGGGAAUGUUUCUUACAGUGUGUAAGAUUAAUUGGCAACUUUUAGUCCUCAGCCAGUAGGAUUUCUUUUGUGGGAAGCUUUCCACAUCAGUUACAUAAACCUUCAUCCUGUGUUGGAGAAUGAGCAGCACAGAAUUCUUGCUUAGGGCCAUUAGGUCUUCUCACUGCUCUGCACCUCAUGUUACAGCAGGAGUUCCUUUUGGGAGUGUCUGUAGUACAAGCAGGCAAGUAUUGCUUCACAAGUGUAGUCACUGGAGCAGAUUAGAACCAUUCCUGUCUAAAGAUCUGUGUGGAUUUAACUGGGGUAAUUAUAAAAUCUGAAAUGUGAUUUAAGGGAGAACAUCGGCAACCGAAGCAUGAAUGCCAAGGUUUAACCCUUAGGUUCAUCACAGGCUCCCAGACAGGCGGGGGUGUUGGGUUAUUAGGGUUGGGGGUGUCCCCAUGGGCUGGCACAGGCUGCUGCUGUGGGAAGGAGCCCUGCCCACGGCAUGGUGCUGGGCUCUGGUGAUCCUUAAGGAUCUCUGCUACAGUUUUAAGGUUUUGAUGAAUUUUUAUUUAAAAACAAAAAAACAA